CAGGCGCAGUGGUCGCCGCGGGCUUGCGCACGCAGCCGCUGCGGGACAAGCCUCUGGAAGCUCACUGCGGUGGCGUUGCUGCUGGCUGCGGGUGCUCGUGCAGUUUCUGCAAAACUAUAAACUGAAUUCCUGGAACCUUCAUAUUUUGCUGUGUAUAGUGCCUGUUGGUGAACUGUACUGAUACUCACCUAGGCUCUAAAGGGGACUGUAUUCCUGCUUGUGAUACACAAUGGAAGCUCUAGUGCCCUUGAACGAGAUGACAGCCAUCUCAUCAGACCCUCAAACUCCAGCCUCCAGUGAACAAAACAAGGUCCUAAGAAUGGACACUUCUGGGAACCAAGAACCUAUUUUAGGAGGAGACACUGCUGAUCGAGAGUCUUUAAGACAGAGGUUCAGAUGGUUUCAUUACUCAGAUGUAGCUGGGCCCAGGAAAGCCCUGACUCAACUCUGGGAGCUCUGCACUCAGUGGCUGAGACCAGACGUUCACACAAAAGAACAGAUGUUACAGCUUUUGGUGUUUGAGCAGUUCUUGACCAUUUUGCCUGGGGAGAUCAGGAUGUGGGCAAAGUCACAACAUCCUGAGAGUAGUGAGGAGAUGGUGACCUUAAUAGAGGAUUUGACCCAAAUGCUUGAAGAAAAAGAUCCAGUCUCUCAAGAUUCUGCCAUUUUGCAAGAGGAGAACUCAGAAGAUACAACAGUUGCUGUUCCUCCAAAUACUGAGCCCAGUGAAUCCAUAACAUUCAAGGAUGUGACCGUGAACUUUUCCAGAGCAGAGUGGAAGAAGCUAGAUCCUGCUCAGAAGGAGCUAUAUAACGAAGUGGUAUUGGAAAACUUCAGAAACCUAGAAUUUCUGGGCAUUCCAGUUUCCAAUCUAGAUUUGCUUUCCCAGCUAAAGUGGAUCAACCUGCCACGGCUGCUGGAAAAAAUAAUCUCAAAAAGCUCCAGACUAGGUGAGUUGGUGAAAAUUGGACAAGGAAAUGAAAACAGUUGUUUACCAAGUCUAUUGGGAAGAACCUUUGAAAUGUUGAGUCAGCUAGGUGCUAAAAUAUAA